CAGUCAAACAGCCCCACUGCUUCGAGAGGGUGAGAAGGCCUGCCUGCCUCCGACACACAGACACACACAGAGGGCCCUGGCUGAGGGAGCACGAGAGAGGACCACCGACGAGCAAGGCAGAGCGAGCUUUGAAUGAGCUGAGGUUACGCGCAUCAUCAACUCGCUCUCUCCUUGGGCUGCUUGCUGUGUCGCCGUGCUCCACAGCGUGGAAUACAGACUCCAGAUUCCACAUUGGAUGGUCUUUUCAGAAUGACAGCCGAAGACCCCGCUUCCUCUUCCGUAACCAUGAGCAACAAGUCCGCCCCCUCCAGCAGCGCCAAACCACCCGCGGGCCCCUCCCACCUGCUCGCCCACCACGACCACGUGUCCGUCCCUGAGGGCGUGGCCGGCGCGCCCAAUGAGGCCGCCCUGGUGACCCUGAUGGAGCGCACCGGCUACGACAUGGUGCAGGAGAACGGCCAGCGCAAGUACGGCCCCCCGCCGGGCUGGGACGGACAGGCGCCCCCGCGCGGCUGUGAGAUCUUCGUGGGCAAGAUCCCGCGGGACGUGUACGAAGACGAACUGGUGCCCGUGUUCGAGUCGGUGGGCCGCAUCUACGAGAUGCGCCUGAUGAUGGACUUUGACGGCAAGAACCGCGGCUACGCCUUUGUGAUGUACACGCAGAAGCACGAGGCCAAGCGGGCGGUGCGGGAGCUCAACAACUACGAGGUGCGCCCGGGCCGCCUGCUGGGCGUCUGCUGCUCGGUGGACAACUGCCGGCUGUUCAUCGGCGGCAUCCCCAAGACCAAGAAGCGGGAGGAGAUCCUGGAGGAGGUGUCCAAGGUGACGGAGGGCGUGCUGGACGUCAUCGUGUACGCCAGCGCCGCCGACAAGAUGAAGAACCGAGGCUUCGCCUUCGUGGAGUACGAGUCGCACCGCGCCGCCGCCAUGGCCCGCCGGAAGCUGAUGCCCGGCAGGAUCCAGCUGUGGGGACACCAGAUCGCCGUGGACUGGGCGGAGCCGGAGAUCGACGUGGACGAGGACGUUAUGGAGACGGUGAAGAUCCUCUACGUCCGCAACCUCAUGAUGGAGACCAGCGAGGAGACCCUGCGGAAGGUAUUCGGCCAAUGGAACCAAGGCUGCGUAGAACGCGUCAAGAAGAUCCGCGACUACGCAUUUGUCCACUUCACCUCCCGGGACGACGCAGUCCUGGCCAUGGACCACCUCAACGGCACUGAGGUGGAGGGCUCCUGCAUCGAGGUGACCCUGGCCAAGCCUGUGGACAAGGAGCAGUACACGCGCUACCAGAAGGCCUCCAAAGGGGGCGCUGUCGCUGCGCCGGCGGAGACGCCCCAGCCGAACUACAUUUACCAGUGCGACCCGUACACGCUCACGUACUACGGAUACCCCUACAGCACGCUGAUCGGGCCCAACAGGGACUACUUCGUGAAAGGAGCCCCAAUGAUACAGAACGAUGCAGGUACUGUGCGGGGUCGUGGCCGCGCCGCACCAGGUACCCGGACCCCCGGGCCACGGGGGUCGUACCUGGGAGGCUACUCCGCCGGCCGCGGUAUCUACAGCCGUUACCAUGACGGCAAGGCCAAGCAGUCCGAUACGCCCUAUGAUCUGAUGACUGGCCUGGAGCUGGCCUCAUCCGUCAACCCCGUUGGCAUCAAACCUGGCACAAUGGCCCUGUCCGGUCUGGGGGGCCAGUACUCUGUCUUCAGCGCGGGCCCCGGGGCCAAGAUGAUGGAGGAGGGGAAGAUGCACGGUAUGGAGCACCUCAUGCAGCCUCUGGCCAUGCAGCAGGCCGAGCACGGCUCCGCCGCCGCCGCCGCCGCCGCGGCUAACAUGCUGCCCGCAGUGUCCACACCUCCCCCCUACCAGGGCCGCCCCAUCACGCCCGUCUAUGCCAUGGCCCACAACGUGCAGCGCAUUCCGACCGCCGGCCUGUACGGCGCCGGCUACAUGCCCAUCGGCAGCUAUACUGCCAACUCGGCCGCGCUCGUCGCCCUGCAGAAGAACGCCGCUGUCGCCGCGGCCACGUACGGCGGCUACGGCUACGCCAUGCCGCAGGCCUUUCCCGCCACGGCCGCCUUCCAGAUGCCCCUCCACGACAUCUACCAGAGCUACUGAGGCACGCCGCCGCCGCACAGAGAACGCCACUCAGCGCCAGUUUUAGUCUAGCUUGUUUUAAAGGGGGGGUUUUGGUUUGGACUGUUUUGAUUCACUACGGCGACCCGGGACCGGAGUCUCAACUGUUUUUUGGUCUCGCACCACCAUCGUGAAACUGUGUCGGGGUCUUGUUGGGGCCUCCAGAACUCUGAGAUUAUAUAGAUAUAUGUUUGUGUAUAUAUAGCCUAUAUAUAUAGAUGUAUAUGUAUAUAUACAUCUAUAUAUGUAUACGUAUGGUUUUCUAAUAACAUUGCUGGUAAAACUGAUGCCGAAUGGAUGAUCUUUGAUUGCGUCAGUGUCCACUUCUGGCCUCUCGGAGGAGCCGAGGCAGCAGCCAGAUAAAGGCCUCGCCACAGCGGGUUAGCACCUCCCAACCAGUCCCGACCAGACCCACCCAGGAAGUGACACAUAUUGUACCCUGUGGAACCCCACAUCGCUCCAUGUCACUUGUUGCACCACUACACAAGACCUGCGAGACCAACAACCACCCACACUCCUCUAUCCCCACACUGGUGGCUUCAGGUGUCGUUUUUGUUGGGGCUUCGAAGGUACUUUAAAGUAUUUGUGAAGAGUGAGAGUUCUCUCGUGUCGCUCCACUUUGUAUUCUGUUUGUAUUUAGGGUUUUUUGAAGUGAGAAAGAGAAUGCCUUUUUAAACAUGGGGAUCUCUAACGGUUAUAUAAUAUAUAUGAAAAUAUUUGGAGAAAAAAAGUACAAAAUUGCAUAAAAGUAUAAAAUAGUAUAAAAUCUGCAACAACUGAGAAAAGAGAACGCCAGCGGUGAUGGUGGGUUUCUGUAGUUGUUUAUUUUUUAAGUGGUUAGUAUUUACCAUUAACAUAGAACAUUCCAGAGAUCUCUACGCUCUUUGUAUUGUGGUCUGUCCACACUGUAUGUGUGCAGCGUACUGAAGUAUACAUAAUAGGUGCCUCUGUGGUGUUUUUGGUUAGUUUAGGUUAUGUUUUUUUGGUUAUCUAAAACGAAGAUUAAAUGUGUUGUGUUUAUUUGCCUAUAUUUAGUUUGCAUAUUUCUAUGCCAAUUUAACCUAUUCAAAUAUAUAUAUAUCUUGGGUUUGUUUGCAGAAACCUAGCUAACUAUGUUUUUUUUUUCUGAUUGAUAACAUGAGGAACAAAUACUAAAUUUGAAGUGAGCUGGAUAGUUUUGCCACUGGUGUGAUGGGUUGUGAUGCUGGCACAUCUGGCAUUGUUUUUAAUGCACAACACAUUUACAGCGACAUGACCAUUAGCUGUAGACAAGUGUAACUUGACAUUUGCCAGGAGAUGAAGACUGAACUUGCUUGAUGUUUUUGAAUAUUUCAUUGGUUUUAUGUAUUUCUUUUUUUAUUGUUAUAUUAUUAUUAUCUUUGCGUCGUUUUAACUCCUAAAAAGUGAACAAAUAUGGAGAGAAAUAAGAGACAAUUCUUCUGACCUAUUCUCUCCAUGGCACGGGCCAUCGAUCUUCUCGGAUUGAAAACGUUAAUAUCUAUGGUUUCAGUGAGUAUCUUUUACCAAAAGAAGAUUCUGUCUUUCUGAAAACAGUGCCUUUUAUAAGCCUACUCAGGCCUCAGUUUUUUUAUAUUUCAAGCUGUGCCUUAACAAAGUAUGCCAGACCAACAUCUGUGGUGAAAGUGAGAAAAGACCAUCACAACAUCGUAGAACACAACCCUUUUUCUAACGCCAUGAAAUAAGAGCAGUGUGGUGGGGAAGGCAGAGAAACGAGAGUAAACAGCUCUAGUUUGCAAAAGCUAACAUGUCUACUGUUCUCCGACAACCUUUCCUCUGGUUUUCUCUCGUUUUGUAAGGCCUGCCGUAUCACUUUCCAUUUCUCUCUCUCUCUCUCUCUCUCUCUCUCUCUCUCUCUCUCUCUCUCUCUCUCUCUCUCUCUCUCUCUCUCUCUCCCUCUCUCUCUCUCUCUCUCUCUCUCCCCCUCCCUCUCCUUUCGGUUCGGCUUGACCAAGGUGCACUUAACCAUGUUUAAAAUGGCAGAUGUUUGCCGAUUUCAAAUGAAGAGAUAUUUAAUACAGGCUACUUAGCAUAAUUUCAAAUGUUGAAGGGGUUUGGUUUGUCUAGCUCUGUGCCUGUGUGUUUGACAGAGCUUUGACUCAAAGAUGAAGCAAAUAUGAAAAUGACCCCUAUGAAUGUUGAGCUGGCACUUUUUAAACUGGAAACUAGUCCACUAACUGGGAACGACUGGAACAAUACCUCACUCAAUGAUAUGCAAGUAGCCAAUGUGCGUGUACUACCAAAGCGCUGGGAACAUAUACCUACACACACACACUCACACUCACAAAGAUAAAGCUGCUGAUUGACAAUUAAACACUCCAAAACAGCCAUUUUUUAUAUUAAAUGCACACAUUUACACUGGUAAAGCAUUCCGCAACUUUGAAUAAGAUAUUUUUACAUUCCAUUCCAUGGUUGAGAUUGAUAUUAACUAGCUAAGGGGCUGAUGAAACGAUUAGCAUUAGCUGGUUGCAAACAAGCCAUUCUUUUGUGGACGUUGCAUGCUAUACUGUACUGCUUCUCUGCUCCUUGUAACUGGAAUUAUUCUUAGAAAACUAAACAAAAAACAACUGCUUAAUACAGCUUUUAUGAAUUUAUUUUGCGAUGACAAGUCAGGAUAUAUUUAAUAUAUACAUUACUUGGUUUAUGUGUGAAGUGAGAAAAUAACGUAUAUAAUAUAUUAUCAAAUGUUUUUGUCUUUCCGAAUAUCUAUUCUUUAUAUACACCUUAUUUAGGCGUUAAAAAACAGUUAAAAAAACUUUGCCAAAGUGUCCAGUAGGUUUUAAACAUUGAAGCUGUGUUGUUGUUUUUUCCAAAUGUGUUUCAUGCUAUUAACAUGUACAUUUUUGAAUUGGAUUCGUUGUGAUUGGGAACACAGUGGUGUUACAAUCUUUGUGUUUUUUUAUUUUCCAUUGACUGGAUGGUACUAAUUUGUAGGACAUGGACAGGCUGACUCCAAGGUGACAAAGAUCUGGGCACACUUCCUCCUCAGAUCAUGUGAUCUGGUUCACAUCUGCGUUCCGACCUGCAGGCCUACCGCACCUGUGACCAAUGAACCACUACUGUCUUCAGCUAUGCUAGAAACGUCCGUCCAAAAAAUAUGUGUUAACACGCUAACUCUUCUCGUGUUGUUUGUAUUUUACUUUUAAUUUUCCUCUUAGGCAAAAAAGUGCUAUUUUCUUCAUCUUUGUAUGCCUAUGCAGACUAUUUUCUAACAGAAGGUUUGUUUGAAAAGAAAACUUAUUUCAGCAUUAUGUUUAUAGCUAAGAAAGUAGGUAAAUAAAGCAUUUUCAAAAAUA